ACAUCCUAUGAAAGUCACCUGAAACGGAGGGAGGGGCGGAGGUGGUAAUCCACACCUGGCAUGUAUCCGAACGACCUCCAAAACUCACGGUGCACGAAGCCUUUUUGGACAUAGUGUGUUCUAAGCAAUAUCUAUGUCGCAGUCAUCAGAAAAAAAGUGCCCGCGUGGCUCUCUGAGGAGAGUGAGACCCAGAUAUGUACUUCCACUUCCUGACACCCUCAGAGUCACAGUGCUAUGCAGAGAUGAAGACUCAUCACUGAUCAUGAAGGUCAGACCUUCUACAAGAGGGGGGGUCAGCAUAUGCCUUCCGAAGUACAGCAUCAUCUUCCUCUUUCCGGCUGUGUUUGGGUUAAUUUUUGUGCUACGUAACAUGGUCUUCCUGAAGUUUCAGUUUCAGCAUAAAGGGAACUUCACCAUCAUCUACCCAAAGGUUUCCACUCACCGUAACAUGCAUGACGGCUUCUGCACCUUCCAGCCACCGUCCCCUAAGUACGCUCUGGAGGAACGCCUCCUACUAGACUCCAUUGCUUGGCCUGAAACUUCAGUUCUACCAGAUCCUCUUUCCCUGGAGCAGACCAGUGAUCCUGCCCACAGCAGCUUCACCAUUCUCCCACCAGGGAGGGGAGGAGGAGAGUGGCACGUAGGGGACCAGCUGGACGUUAUGAUCCAAAUGUAUGACUUUAAGGGUCGCCCAAAAACGUCUGGGGGAGAUCUGUUAUUCUCCAGGCUGCACAACCUGAAGCUUGGUGCAGGUGUGGCUGGACAAGUGGUGGAUCAUCUCAAUGGCUCCUACUCUGCUGUGUUCUCUUUACUCUGGGAAGGAGGCGCACAGGUUGAGGUGACGCUGGUUCACCCUAGUGAGGCUGUCACAGUGCUGCGCAGGCUGAACAGUGAACAGCCAGACAGGGUUUAUUUCCACAGCCUCUUCCGUUCUGGCUCUCUUUCUGAAACCACUACCUGUAACGUCUGCCUACGUCCAACCCAGCAGCCGCUGUGCAAUUACACUGACCUCCGUACAGGAGAGCCUUGGUUCUGCUACAAGCCAAAGAAUCUGAGCUGUGAUACCAGGAUCAGCCACUCCAGGGGAGUUUUUAAAGAAAACCUCAAGGCAGGGGAAGAGAAACUCUUUCAAAGUGGUGUCAACAUGAAAGUCUCUGUUCGGGCUUCGGGAGCUGCCAGUGUCACUGUGAUGCCAAAAAAGAAAGGUCAACCGGAGGUGAAGAGCAGCAUUGUGAAGUCUGGACCUUCUGGCUAUUACUACCAGGGUGCAUGGCAAGCAAUAAUUGGUACCAGUGUUCAACAAUUCAGCACCUCCUCUGACAUCAGUCAGUGUCUGAAAGGCAAGAAGGUCCACCUGUACGGAGACUCCACCAUCAGGCAGUGGUUUCAGUACUUCAAAGCAGCACUGCCAGAUCUUAAGGAGUUUAACCUGCGCGGCCCGAUGCAAGUUGGACCUUUCAUGGCCUUGGACUAUGCGAACAACAUCUUGGUGACAUAUCGCUGCCACGGUCCUCCUCUCAGUUAUACCAUUGUUCCAACCGCCGAGCUGCGUUACGUUGCCAAUGAACUAGAUGGCUUAACUGGAGGCAUCGACACUGUCGUAGCUCUCAGCAUCUGGGCUCAUUUCACCCCUUUCCCCAUCGAGGUCUACAUCCGGCGGCUGCAGAGCAUCCGCAGGGCGGUGGUGCGGCUACUGGACAGGGCUCCAGGCACACUGGUCGUCAUCCGGACCGGGAACCCCAGAGCUUUGACUUCUACUAUAGCACUAGGCUACAGCGACUGGUAUGCGGUGAACGGUGACAAAGUGCUCAGAGCUGUGUUCAAAGGUCUGAAUGUUCAUCUGGUGGAUGCCUGGGAGAUGUGCCUCGCCCACCACCUGCCGCACGACGUCCACCCACCUUCUCCCAUUAUUAAGAAUAUGAUUAAUGUUCUCUUGUCCUACAUAUGCCCUCAAAAGGGCGGUUAGAUGUUGCUCACUAACUGUAGCAGAAUCAAAUGAAGCAGACUAAAAAUCACAUUCAGAUUUAUUGGCCAGGUAUUUGUACACAUACAAGGAAUUUGACUGUUUUUGUUCCUCUCUCAAUGUACUUACACAAAAAUAGACAUACAGCACAUACAGCUAAAACAAGAUCACCAAGAUAAACAAAAACAUUAAACUGUAACAUUUUUCUCUUUUUGUGUUAAAAAAUGUCUCUUACAUUAGAAAAUAUACUGUUGCCAUAAACACACAUACAGAAGCCCUGUAGAUAGUUAUCCUAUCUAUGCUGGGAUUUCAUCCAGCAGCUAACGAUCUACCUUUAAGACAGAACCUGUGCUCUGCUACUUUGACUCCAAGGUAAAAUGUGGUCAAUGUUCACCAUAGUUUGAAUAGUUUGAUAGUUUAAUGAACUUGAACUAUUUACUUUGGGAGAAAAGUACCAACAGACUACUUUAAAUAGUUUGACACUUGGCAAUGCGCCAGAUGAGAAGAUUGAUGCCACUCUCAUAUUUGUCCAUUCAAUAAGAAGUUUUAACCAGUUAGCUUAGCUUAGCAUAAAGACAGGGGAAACUGCUAGCAUGGCUCUGUUAGAAGGAAACAGAAUCUACCGGCACCUCUAAACCUUUCCUGACUGCAGAUUUAACAAAGAAAAACACAAGAAUAAAUUAAUACAAACGGAUGACCAGAUGAUUGUGAAUCAAAAUGUAUAAUUUAAGACUUGAUGAAGAAAUUGUGGAUUAUGAUACAACAACCAUUAAUUAUGUUUACACAAUUCUAAUUGAAUAAAUGUAUUAAAAAUAAUAGUUCAGUUAAAGUUUAUAACUCUUUAAAACUCAACAUUUAUGUUCCUCCCCUAACUUUGGCUGGUAAAAAGGUAAAAUCUCCAGAAACUUGAAAAACAGGCUGUGCCUCAAUUCAGGGUCUAGAUCCUGCAGAUUCUGGAGUAUGAUGUACCAUUUGCAGCCCUAUGUGCUAUCCCACAAUCCCCUAUGUACCAUGCAGCUGUUUAACAGAGAUUUUUAGGUGAUCCUUAGCAAUUCAUUAAGUUGUAAAAUGACACUUGACUAUGUAUUUAAAUGGUAUUUGGUGGUCAUCAAUCACUGGUAAAUAUUUUACGUGAUCUAGGACCAUGAAAAUCUGUCUCAAAAUGAUUGCUGGGAUGGUGUAUGCACCAGAUACUAUUGUUAUCCCACAGGAUGGGCGUUUCUUACAUUCUAUAGUCUAUACUAUCUUUUAGUAGUCGGGCACCUCACUGAAUUCACUGAUGCUCUGCAAACUGCCCAGAAAUCAUUGGUUCUGGUGGUUUUUAUCACCCUCUGCAGAGCUGUCCUGGGCUGUGCAGAUUCCAUGUCAAUUUGUGAUGUUUCCAGUCAGGAUGCUUUCAGUUGUUCCUCUGUAAAAGUUAACAAGAAGCCACAAGAAUUUUGCUAUGCUCUUCUUACAUUUCUAUAGGAAAUACAGUCAUCAGGGGGCUGAUUCCCAGGAAUCUGAAACCGUGAACCAUGUCCACCUCAGUUCCACUGAUGUCGACAGGGGCGUUUGUCUUCACCUCCUUUUUCCUAAAUCAUCUGCUCCUUGGUUUUGCUGAUGUUAAGCAGUAAGCUGUUCUCUGUGCAAAACUCUACAAGAUUGUUUAUUUCCUCCCAAUAUGAAGUCUCGUCAUUGGUUUAAAUUCCUGCCGAUAAUGGUGGUGUUGUCCGCUAACUUCACAACAGAGUUCUCUCAAUGUCGGGUGUUGCAGUCAGGGGUCAGUGUACAGAUGGGGGCUGAGUACUAGAGUGAUGGAAAAGUGACCGUCAGUCCAAACUGUAUGUAGUUUGUUUGUGAGGAAGCCAUAUAUCCAGUUGCAGAGUGUAGUACUCAUGCUCAGAGUGCUAGGUUUGCCUUUAAGUUUCAUGAUGUAACAUAUAUUUACAAGUCAACAUUAAAUGGUUAUCAGAAUAUUAAUGCAACAUAAUUAAAUUACAUGUAACAUAAUACUGUUAACAAAUUUAUGGCUAUUGAUAAAACUGGUUGUGUAAAAAAUUAAUAAAUGUGUAUUUUAUACUGUACUCAGGGUUGGGAGGAUUCUUUAAAAAUGUAAUCCGGAACAAUUACGAAUUGUUAAAAUGUAAUAAAUAAUGUAAUCCAAGUACCAAUAAAAGUAAUGUAACAUGA